CUCUGUCACUCCCAUCAUGGAAGCUCUGCAGAAGUCUAUGCAAAAUACCCCUCCCAAAGCCAGUUCUCAUGUGAUGUGGUGGGGUACACUGGGCACUGUGCGACCCUUCCCCAACUUCAACUCAGAGAAGGAUGCGCGCGACAUUCAAACUGCCUUGGAGAGCAAAGACAGAGACAUGAACACUCUGGUGAGAAUCCUGACCAAUCGAAACAAUGCUCAGAGACAGAGCAUCGCAGAGUCCUACCAUAACCUCACACAGAAGGAGUUAUGUCCUGCCCUGAAGAAAGCUCUGUCAGGUGGGCCGGAGCAACUCAUGCUGGGGCUGAUGAUGACCCCCUCUCAGUUUGACGCCCAUCGCCUCAGACAGACCAUGGAGGGUAUUGGUACAGAUGAAGAGAGUCUAUUGGCUGUGUUGUGUACCAAAUCACCACAGCAGCUUAAAGAUGCCACUAUUGCCUACAAACAGGAGUUUGGACGUUACUUGGAGAAUGAUCUUAUCAGUGAGACUAGUAAAGACUUCACUAAGCUGGUACUGGCCAUACUCAAGAAGGAGGAGCUGAAUUCAAAGGAGAUGGUUGAUGAUCAGCUCAUUGACCAGGAUGUUAAGGUGAGUGUUCUUCCUCAAAGCCCAAAAUUACCUCCAGAAAGUUCCUUCAAUUAA